UUCUACUGUCAGUUGCUUAAUUCGAACUGAUGGAUAGUGAAAAGCAAAAGGAUGAGAUCAUUGCACUGGAAAGUAUUUACAAUGCAGAAGAAUUUUCUUAUCACGAAGAGAAUGGUCGUUAUCAAUGCAGUUUUAAGAUAUUUAUAAAUCUUCCUGUAGACUACUAUAUAAAUUACAAAGAUUGCAGACAUGCAGAAGAGCCACUACAGAAGACUAAGAUAUCUCAUUUACCACCUUUGACACUACAUAUUAUUUUACCAGAGGAUUAUCCUUCCGUGUCGGCUCCAAAAUUUACUUUGUACUCAUCAUGGUUACGUCUUUCAUUACUAGCACAAUUAUGUAAAAAAUUAGACCAACUGUGGGAAGAAAAUAAGGGGCAAGAAAUUCUGUUUACAUGGGUAGGCUUUUUACAAGAUGAAACUUUAGAGUUCUUGAGUAUACAAGAGAAUGUCAACAUGAGCAGUGCUUAUACAUAUUACAAAGAAGCUUUGGAAAAAGCACAAAGUGUUCAAAAGAAUAAAGUGAUAGACAAUAUAGAGAAAGAGCGUGCUGUUGAAGGUGCAAAAAGUAAAGGAAAGACAGAAGUAAAUACUCAAUAUUUGAGUAAAAAGAAUUUUUUGCAUAAAUACUAUGAUAAGAGAGCCAUUUUGGAUUGUCCUAUUGGUAGGAAUCCUAUUCAAGCUUUAAUGGAUUAUAAUGAAAAACGCAAUCAAAUUGAAUUCAAGAAAAAUUUUUACACUUGUAAGAUAUGCUUUGUGGAUAAAAUAGGGGAACAUUGUACACAAUUUCUGCCAUGUACACAUGUGUUCUGUAACGAUUGCAUAAGUGGCUAUCUAGAAGUGAGGAUUAAAGAUGGAAAUGUGCAAAAUAUUUGUUGCCCUGAAGAAAAGUGUUCUUCUGAAGCAACUCCUGCUCAGAUAAAAGACCUAGUAAGUUCAGAGUUAUUUGCGAAGUAUGAUUCUAUACUACUAAAUGCUACAUUAGAUACUAUGAUGGACAUAGUGUACUGUCCUAGGCGUAACUGUCAGUACCCAGUUAGUCGUGAACCAAAUGAACAAAUGGCAAAUUGCCCAGUAUGUCAAUACGCGUUUUGUAUUUACUGUAAAAUGGUAUACCAUGGUAUAGAACCAUGUAAGGUUUACUCAGCUGAAACGCAUGACUUAGUUAUCGAGUAUCAAGAAGCUUCUAACGAUAGGAAGCUUCAGAUGGAGCAACGUUAUGGUAAGAAGCAGCUUCAGACUUUAGUAGAAAACAUUAUGUCUGAGGAUUGGAUCAAGACUAACAGUCAGAAAUGUCCUAAAUGUAAUGCUGCUAUUGAGAAAUCGGACGGAUGCAAUAAGAUGGUAUGUUGGCGUUGCGAUACAUUCUUUUGCUGGUUGUGUGGCGCUAUACUUAAUCGAGGUGCACCGUAUGAGCAUUACCAAAAUUCAGAUUCAAAGUGCUUUAAUCUCUUGUAUCACGGAUUGAUAGAAGAGGAAGAAGAGGAUGACAAUGAUUUCUUCGAUUUCCCAUAUAAUCCAAAUUACGAGUGGGAGGACUUUGUGGAUGGUGUUAUGAUAUAACGUUGAAAUAAAUGAAACGAUACACUCGAAAAAUUAGUAGCCAUUGUUAGCUUUCGUGCAAAUAUGCUUAUACAAAUUUUUGCUGUGCAAAAAAUUAGGUACCACAAGUUACUUCAAUCAAUUUGUCUUUUAAGACCCAUAGUAACUUUUGUAUAUUCAUGAAACAACCACCUACAUAUGUAUUUCCCUUAAAUUUAUUGUGUAAAU